AUGGUAUUUAAAAAUUGUGUUGUGUGUGGAAGGAAAUCAGAAGGAUUGCUGAAAUUGCUUCCUCAUUUCAAAUCCUCUAAAGAAUACGAGUAUAUCCAUAAAAAGUGCCUAUUAUUUUACAAAUCUGAUUGGAAUCAUAGGUUGGCAGUCAAUGAAAAAUUAUUUUACAAGGAUUACUUGAGGCAUUGUUCAAUAUGUGGGAAAAAAAACUAUAAAUAAGUUGUUCAUUGUUCAUAUAGGUAUAAUUAGAAUGUGUAAUUCCUACAAGUUUAUGUAAAAAGAGCUUUCACUUUGAUUGCGUAGACAGCCCUAAAAUAUCUAAGAAUGUUGAGAAUGGUCAUCGCCCUCCUUAGUUAUUGAUAUUUUGCUCAUACCAUGAUUCAAUCUAAAAUGUUGUUACUGAUUUAGAUGAAGCGGUUAAUUCCCUUUAUACCUCUUACAUAGCUCAGAAUGAAUAAUAUGAAGAACCAUAUUCUCGUUAUAGAUCUAAACAUAAAAAGAAGCAUAACAAGAAAUAUUCCCAUAGAAGAUCCCGUUCCCAUAGAAAAAAAUCAAGAACUUCAAGCAAAAGUUUAAAAUUCAGCGAUGGAGAAGAGUCACAAUCAAAAAAAUCGAAUUCUCAUAGUCUGUUGGUGAUUCCAAAAAGUAUAAUAACUAUGGAUUUGAUUAAUUAAACCUUUUCUAAUAAAUUGGAGAAUAAAGUACAAACAGAAGUAGCUGCUAAAACACCGCCACGAACCAUAAAUUAUUAAUAAUAACAAUAAGUUCAUCAUUAAGAGUAACUUUUAAAUUCGGAGCCAUAUAUUUAAUAAUAACCUCAAUAAAUUUAAUAAAUAGAAAUUGAAAAUCAGAAAAAUGAAUUGAUAAUCUAAUAAAUUUUCCCUCAGAUCACUAAAAUAACUUUAGAAGAUCCAGAAUUUCCAAUGCAAGAAAGAGAAACAAAGAGGGAUUAAGCUAUUGCUAAAUGGUGGGAGAAGAUUGAAGAUGUGUUUUUUAAAGGAGAAGUAAACAUGCCCUUAACAAAAUUAGAAGAAUAAAUAAAUUUAUUUUAAUGGCAUGAAUAAAUUUUAGAUUAAGAACUUUUAGAUAUCUCAGACACGAGUAAUUUUGGUAAUGCUUUGAUUUAUAGGUAGAACCAAUAAUAUAGUUAAGAUAUCAUUAUAGAGACUCCAUGAAUGUUGUAUUUCGAACUUCACAAUCUUCCUAUUAGUACUCAAAUUGUAAAACAAUCUUUUAGAUUUAUACGAUAUAAUUUUAGUGAUUAUAUUGGUCGAACAAAUACCAAAGGAUAGAUCCUAACAAAUCUAAGACUUUAUAGAUACCCAUAAGAAAGUUUCCCUUUGACAAAGAAUUUAUCGAUGUUUGAAAAUGAAGUACAAAUAUUAAUUUGCUAAAAAGGAGCCAGUAGGAAAAAGUCUUGUUUUUCAAGAAUCCUGUGAAUUAAAUUAGGAGGAUUUUGAUCAAUGCGUUUAAUUGGAAGAUAAAAUUAAACUUUAGCAUUAAUUUUUAGAGUAAUAACUUGAUAUAGAAAAUGAGACACUGGAAUAAUUGGAUAUUGUAUACCAUGCAUUAAAAGAGGACCUAAAUGAAGUUGUUCAGUAAAACAAUUUUAUGAGGAAAAAUAUUAACAAUUAAAUAUUGUCUACCCAAGAUUAUUAAACUUUAAAAAACUUGAGAAAAAAAUAACAAAUGAUGAUGGAUAUAUUAAAAUGGUCGCAAAUAGUUAAAGCUUUUAUUAAUGGAUAUAAAGAUAAAUAAAAAGAUGUUCUUAAUACCUUUUACCCUUGUUUAAAUUUAGAUUCUCAAUCUUCUUAAAAAGCUUAAUUAAAAAAGAAAAAAAUACACUCAAAAGAAAAUACUAAACCACUUGAUACUGAUUGCAAAAUAUGUUUUGAUUAUCAUAACACAGAUUUUAAUCCAGUUAUUUAUUGUGGAAGAUGCUCAACAGCAUUCCACAAAAUUUGCUAUUGCUUUUUAGGAAAUCUAGAUGAAUAGGAUGUCCUUUGCGAUGCAUGUUAACUUGAACAAUACUAAUUAGGAACAACUAAAAGGAGUAUUAUUUCAGAUUUAGCGAAAUGUGCAAUCUGCAAAAAGUUAGGACUACCAUAAAAACAAAUUGAUAAUUAAUUUUAUCAUGUUUCAUGUUUAUUGCUAACGAAUUCAGCCAUCAUAAAAAAUGGGGUGUAUAAAUUAAGAAGUAGUUAAAGUGAUAUUAAAUAAUUAUGUAAAGAUAAUGAAGCUAGUAUACCUUAAUGUGCAAUCUGCGGUGAUAUGAAGGGUAUCGAUUAUUCGUAUUUUAGGUUUUCGAUUUACAUGCUUUGGUAAUGAAACAACAAUCCCUUGUCGACAUGCAUUCCAUCCUUUAUGUGCAUAUCUUCACGGGCUCACAAUUGAUAUAGAAAGUGAAGAUCUAGAAAAAUGCUUUGCACAACUAAGAUUUGGUUUAUUGAAUGUUCAAAUCAAAUGCGUAUUACAUUGUGGAAAGAAUUUGGAUAACUUACUGCUGCAAACUUAUUAUAGGUAAUAAUUAAUAAGAAUCAUGUUUAGAAGAUUUGCAUUAAACUAUGACAAAGCAGCCUAAUGUGGAGGUUAAGAAGUCUUUUUAGAAGAUUUUAAAACAACAAAGGGAUAUAAAUAUUUAUACUCAAAACAACCCAUAUCAAAGAAUGAACACCAGCAACUAUGA